ACUGUCGCGUUUGUGAUGAAAGUGUACAUUGAGCAUCUACGAACAUGGCGUCCAAAUACAAAGGCUCUUUUCUGCACCUGCUAAUGAAAUGUUCGCUGUUUGUUCUGGUGCUGUGCGCUCAGUUCGGAGGUGGACAGAAGAAAAAAGAGAACAUGCUAGCUGAGAAGGUGGAGCAGCUGAUGGAAUGGAGCUCCAGACGCUCAGUCAUCCGCAUGAACGGAGACAAAUUCAGAAGAUUUGUAAAGGCGCCUCCCCGCAACUACUCCGUAAUCGUGAUGUUCACUGCACUGCAGCCUCAGAGGCAGUGCUCUGUUUGCAGACAAGCUAACGAAGAAUACCAGGUGCUGGCUAACUCUUGGCGCUAUUCAUCUGCUUUUUCUAACAAACUGUUCUUCACUGUGGUGGACUAUGAUGAGGGGGCGGAUGUGUUUCAGCAGCUCAACAUGAACUCGGCCCCCACGUUUAUGCAUUUCCCUCCAAAAGGCAAGCCCAAAAGAGCGGACACGUUUGACCUGCAGCGAAUCGGUUUUGCAGCAGAGCAGCUUGCUAAGUGGAUUGCUGACAGAACCGACGUGCAAAUCCGAGUGUUUAGACCUCCAAACUAUUCAGGUACUAUUGCACUGGCUCUUCUGGUGUCUCUAGUUGGUGGUUUGCUUUACCUGAGAAGAAACAACCUGGAGUUUAUUUACAAUAAGACUGGCUGGGGAAUGGCAGCUCUGUGUGUGGUGUUUGCCAUGACAUCAGGACAGAUGUGGAAUCACAUACGUGGGCCUCCGUAUGCACAUAAGAACCCGCAGAAUGGACAAGUGAGCUAUAUCCAUGGGAGCAGCCAAGCCCAAUUUGUUGCAGAAUCUCACAUUAUACUGCUGUUGAAUGCUGCCAUUACCAUGGGGAUGGUUCUUCUGAAUGAAGCUGCAACUUCCAAAGGAGACGUUGGCAAGCGAAGAAUUAUCUGCCUUGUGGGCCUGGGCUUGGUUGUAUUUUUCUUCAGUUUCCUGUUAUCAAUCUUCAGAUCAAAAUAUCAUGGUUACCCUUAUAGCUUUUUAAUUAAAUGACAAGAGGCAUCCUACAGUUUAUUAAGAAGACAAACACUUAAUUUAAAUACUUACUAGACAAAACUAAUGCCAUUGAUUUAAACAAAAAAAAGUAAAUUAAAAAAAGUGUGCACGUGUUUUGUCCUUUUAAAUAAAUUCUACUACAUACAACAACCAUGGCAUCUUUAUU